UGGUUUCUGGACAGCCCCACAUACACACUCCCAGCGAUCACCUACUCGACUCAACAUGCAGGAGCAAAGCCACAUCUGCAGAAUGACAUUCACAUGGUGCCUGAUCACAUUGUUGAUCCUCCAGCAGGUGUCUGCUGGUCCGGUGCUACAGCCAAACAACCCAGCUGGGUCUGUUCGGAGUGUUCCAAAGCGUGUUGCCCGCAUGACACCUUUAUGGAGAAUCAUGGGUACCAAGCCAUUUGGAGCGUACUGCCAGAACAACUAUGAGUGUUCAACAGGAACCUGCAGGAAGGGUCAUUGCUCAUUCAACCACUCUGUUCAGUCUUAGAAGUGUGAAUCUCUUGAAUCAUCUCUAUGUUUGAACAGCUUCUCCUUAAAAAGACGAAGGAUACAGUUCUAACAAUCAUUUAAUGAAAUGACAUGUAAUGAGAUGUUUCAUAUACUGGCAGAAAUAUGACAGAAGAUUGAUACCAACUAUUGAUAUGACUAUACAAUGCACAAGAAAAAGAGCUGGGUUUUGCACAGUUAGUUAUCAACUUAUACUCUCAACCAUAUUUAUAGCGGACAGGUUAUAGCUAUCAAACAUGUAUCCUGUUCAUAGAUAAGUACUGUAUCAAACAAGUGCCUGCAUUUUUAUUUUUCUGACAUAAACUAAUAACCUUGUGAAAAAUGAUCAACAUGCACGAUUAGAAGAAUGACACUAAGGGUAUUUUUGUGGAAAACACUUUGUAAAUGACAAAUGAGCAAGUUCGGUUGAUGUAAUACAGGAAGAUACAUACUGUAAGUCUUGGGUUUCAUCAGACUUAGUGGGUCUGUUUGCAUGUUGGACUUGCAGUUAAAUGUGAGAACGUACCGUCCAAAGAACAGAGUUCAAACCUGAGUGUCAGUGAACCAGAGUUGUGGCGACUGGUGAGAAUUGAAAAUGUAGUUUAAGAGAAAAGGAACAAAGACGUUUUGCAAGGGCUAAGUGAAUUGGAGUAUUAAAACAUAUUUGCACAUCUUUUUAUUUUGGAGCUACCAGUUUUUGUAACUUUCAUAUUUUUUUAUAUCCAUAGUUUUUCACAAUUCCCUCAUUGUUUCAUGAGGAAAGCUUAUUUGAUCUAUCCUUACAAUUAUGUAUAGACCCUUUCAAGAGUUCCAUUAUCAACAUCAUAAUUGGCCCCACAAGGCUUCCGUUUUAACAUUCCAUAUGUUAUCUUAAUGCAGAGGAAGUAGAUUGGGAAACCAAAUAGAACGUUCAAGCAUUGUUUUUGUUUUUAUUGUUGAAAGGGUCUAUAUUAUACUGUGACCCCACCCCAAACUACCCCAAUUGUUCUGCACACAAUAAUGUGAUAUCGGAUUGCAUCCAUAAUUUCAGGUUUGCUCUUCUUGCAUUCCUUAAACAAAGAUAAUACCUUUUCUGUUACUUGUUAACAGUCUAACAGUGAUGUACCCAUGUAUUACAAUGUUUGUUUUAUUUUAGUAUUGUUAUUAUAUUACCUUUAGAAAAUAGACAUGUCAAAAUAGACAUCACAUUUUCUGAAGCCUUAUUUGUAUGAUUGUCCUUUCAGUACUGUAAACCUGAAUAGUGCAUGUAGCAUCUAGCAUGAAUAUUUAAACCUCAAUAAAACACCCAACACCCAAUGGGACCAGAGCAA